GUUAUUUUGCUAACUUCACACCGGUGGGUUCUCAAAACAAAUAAGCUUAAUAUUAUAGAAGUACUGUAUCGGUCUCGGUAACGCGUGUUCCGUUUACACUGAAAUCUCUUUGUUCCUUAAUAAUUGUACCGAUUGUGGUAUAUUUUCUCCUAAUUCUAACUCCUAGUAGAAUCUUAGUGGAUUCAUAAAACCUGAUUAAGCUUUCUCCGUUUUCUCAACCGAAGCCGGUUGGCGUCGUCGCCACUAUGGAAGUUGAAAGCAUUGUGUCCGACUCCGAAAACGUGGUUAUGGAAGAAAACGACAAGCCGGUGGUAGAGCAAGGCGCUGGUGACGCCGCUGCCUCCAUUUCAGGCCGUGUGCGUCGUCGACACAAGAAAUUGGCCCGUACUAACAGCAAGGAAUCAAGCAACGUUUCCGCGCCGCUUCCGAAAUAUCGCAGCUGGAAGAAUAGUCGUCGACCAAGGAACGGUCAUGGCAGGGGCUUGCCUAAAAAAGGUGGUGCUGGUGGAAAGGGUGUCUGGGGUCUGCCUGGCUCGGAAAUGCUCGAAGAGUACGCGGAAGACGAGAACGAUCCAAACUACGACUCUGAGGCCAUAACCAAUGGUGAUAUUGAGUUUAAACAAGUGAUUGUUGAGGCUGAGCCUGAAGAAAUUGUGCGUAAAUCGGAGCCAGUGAUACUGGAGUACUUCGAGCAUGGUGAUACCAUCGCUGCUGCUGAGGAUUUCUUGGAGUAUGUCACGGCGAAACGUAGCCACUUGGUAUGCGAAACAAUUGUUGAAAUCGCGUUGGACCACAAGCCGUCGCACUGUGAAAUGGCUUCCGUCCUCAUAUCGGAUUUGUAUGGGAGAGUGUUUUCCGUUCGAGAUAUUAGCUAUGCAUUCGAGAGGUUAUUGGACAAGUUACCCGAUCUGAUCCUGGACACGCCGGAUGCAACGGUACUCUUGUCCAACUUCAUCGCCAGGUGUGUCGCUGAUGACUGUCUUCCGCCGAGAUUUGUUCAGACCAUGUCCAAUGUUGAGUUGAAUCCGAGUGCCAGACAAACUAUCCAAAGGGCGGAGACUCUACUCUCUAUGAAGCAUGGACUCGUCCGGCUGGACAACAUAUGGGGUGUUGGUGGAGGUAUCAGGCCAGUCAAAUCCCUGAUCCGUCAGAUCCAACUUCUCCUGAAAGAGUAUCUGACGUCAUCUGACUUGACUGAAGCCAUGCGCUGCGUGAAGGAUCUGGAGGUGCCGCAUUUCCACCACGAGCUGGUGUAUGAGACCGUCUUAUUGGCAGUUGAAGCUAUCAACACAAGCGUUGAGGAACAACUUUGUACGUUCCUGUCUGAACUACGGCGCUGUGUUAUUGUCACACCCGAUCAGAUGGACAGGGGUUUUCUCCGAGUGCUAGAAGACAUGUCCGAUAUAGUGUUGGAUGUGCCUCUCGCGUACAUAAUGCUGGAUCGCUUCGUUGAACGGUGCCAGCACAAGUUCAGAUUGGGCGAGACUGUUCUCAAGCGUAUGCCUACUCGAGGUCGCAAACGCUUUGUAUCUGAAGGCGACGGUGGCGCCAUCAAGGACCACGCACUCAAACUGCGCGAGUAAACCCGCCGUAUACGCAUAGUAUGGUGUAUAAUGUAUUUUUUUUUUUCGAAAAAAAACCCUUUUUAUUUUGUAUUUUUUUUUAAUUUCUCGGGUAUUGUAUUUUUUACGUUCACUUCGUUUUUUUUGAAAUAUAUUAAGGCAAUUUUUUUUAUUAUAAAUAUUUCCGAAAGGUACAUAAAACGUACAAAAAUGUAUCAAAACCUUUUUUGGCAUGCAAAUGUCAAUUUCAAUCCGGUAUUAUCGAUUAUACAUUAUACGCCAGCUGUGUAUUCAAGUUUUUAUUCCUAUAUUAUUAGGAAUGCUUUUUUGUGUCAUACGUUUUGAGGGUAUGAAAGUUGUAACUACCCGCAUUGGAAAAAACGGAUUCGUACUUAAAAUACCAAAUAGUCUGUUGUUUGAGGAAAUGUAUUGUUUAACAUCUAAACAGUUACAUUUUCAGUUACCUAUAAUAGAUAUUUUUAUACCAGAUUAACUCACCAAUACACAAAAAUUAAGUUUUAACUUACCGAUUAAAAUCCGGUGAAUUGGUAUUUUUGACGGUUUUAAGUACGAAUGCGGCAAUUAAAUUCUUCAAAAGAAUGCUAUGUGAUGGACUGAGUAACUUUAUGGUUAGUGUCUUAGUGUUAGUACAAAGUUUAAAUUAAUAAUUAUAUGUAAAUUUUAAUGCUUAAUUGAUGAUUGUGUAAAGUGGUUAGGCGCAGGUGUCCGAUUUCCUAAACUUAAACAAAUCUCAGUAUUUGUCUGGCGCCAUCUGUUAUCAUUUAUCCACUGGAUUGUUCCCUUCACGUAGGUCCUGGCUUUGAUUCUAGACGAAACAAUUUAUACCACACAUGAGUUUAAUGAUAAUGUUUCUGAUAAAAGCCGUUUUUUAGUCUUGAGGCUCCCAUUUUAGCACAACCAAGCCACUUUAUAAAUCAUUGAUAAAUAAGCUGACUAUACACAAGAUGUUAGAAUUGUGUAUGGACAGCCUUUGCUUACAGUUUAUAUAAGACGUUUUUAAGUGGGACUUGAAGUACUGAAGAUCUUUAAUGUUUUACACGAUUGAAACGCGAACAAUUUCACAACGUUUUAUUAGUCGUAGUUUUGGAUUGUAAACAAUAAAUUGCAAUUUGGAUGUGAAAAUUUUUGGUUUUCAUUAUGAUAUUAUAUUCAAUUCAAACGGGACAUAGCUCAAACUAACUUCUCUAUGUCAAAGUAAAUUUUUAACAUACUAGAGUCAUGCUUAACCCCAAGUGACAUCUGACAUUGACAGUCUGCAUUUUGACGGCUAAAGCUCGUUUGUGGUCCCUAAAUAAAUUUUACUAGAUCUUUUGUAUUUCAAAAGUUUUCUGUGGGAUUGUAUGUAUCGAUAUCGAAACAAUUUGACAAAAAGUGGCAACACUCAAAUUUAAGUCAUGACAGAAAAUGUUUCGUCAAGUAAAAGUAAAAUCGUUUGUUUGCUUAUGAAUGGGUAUUUAAGCAAUACUAGUUUAGGAUAUGUUAAAUAUAAUAAUUCUACUGGCAUGUACACAAUCCAAUUUUUCCAAUAAAUGCAUUUAUGAAGA